AUGCUGAGGGCUGGGGAUGCUGUCCUGCGGCUGCGCCGCUGUGCGCCCCUGGCCUGGCGCGCCCUGCACAGGCAGCCGCUGCACCCCGAGUGGGCUGUCCUGGCUCAGAAGCAGCUGAAAGGCAAGAACCCAAAGGAUUUAAUUUGGCACACCCCAGAGGGAAUCGACAUCAAGCCUUUAUACUCCAAAAGGGACACGGAGGACUUCCCUGAGGAGCUGCCAGGGGUGAAGCCUUUCACUCGAGGGCCCUACCCCACCAUGUACACAUACAGGCCGUGGACCAUCCGCCAGUAUGCUGGAUUCAGUACAGUGGAGGAGAGCAACAAGUUCUACAAAGACAACAUCAAAGCUGGCCAGCAGGGAUUAUCAGUUGCUUUUGAUUUAGCCACCCACCGUGGUUAUGAUUCGGAUAAUCCCCGAGUUCGAGGAGAUGUUGGAAUGGCUGGAGUUGCCAUCGACACAGUGGAAGACACCAAAAUCCUUUUUGAUGGAAUUCCUUUGGAGAAAAUGUCAGUUUCCAUGACAAUGAACGGGGCAGUCAUUCCUGUGCUGGCUACAUUCAUUGUGACUGGGGAAGAACAGGGAGUGCCUCAGGCCAAGCUGACAGGGACAAUCCAAAAUGACAUCCUGAAGGAGUUCAUGGUCAGAAAUACCUACAUUUUCCCCCCAGAACCAUCCAUGCGGAUCAUUGCUGACAUCUUCCAGUACACCUCAAAGUAUAUGCCAAAAUUUAAUUCCAUUUCCAUCAGUGGGUACCACAUGCAAGAGGCAGGAGCUGACACCAUCCUGGAAUUAGCUUAUACCAUAGCAGAUGGCUUGGAGUACUGCAGAACUGGGCUUAAAGCUGGCCUCACUAUUGAUGAAUUUGCACCUAGGCUCUCUUUCUUCUGGGGAAUUGGCAUGAACUUCUAUAUGGAAAUAGCAAAGCUGAGAGCUGGGAGGCGGCUGUGGGCUCACUUGAUUGAGAAAAUGUUUAAGCCCAAGGAUUCCAAAUCUCUUCUGCUGAGAGCUCAUUGUCAGACUUCGGGCUGGUCACUCACUGAGCAGGAUCCCUUCAACAACGUCAUCCGCACCACCAUCGAAGCCAUGGCUGCGGUGUUCGGGGGGACGCAGUCUCUGCACACCAACUCCUUUGAUGAAGCCUUGGGGCUGCCCACAGUGAAGAGUGCUCGCAUUGCCCGCAACACACAGAUCAUAAUCCAGGAGGAAUCAGGGAUUCCCAAGGUGGCAGAUCCCUGGGGGGGAUCUUACCUCAUGGAGUGCCUCACCAACGAUGUCUAUGAAGCUGCUUUAAAGCUUAUUGAGGAGAUAGAAGAAAUGGGUGGAAUGGCCAAAGCUGUUGCUGAGGGGAUCCCCAAACUUCGUAUUGAAGAGUGUGCAGCCCGGAGACAAGCCAGGAUUGACUCUGGGUCUGAAGUAAUUGUUGGAGUGAACAAGUACCAGCUAGAGAAAGAGGAGACAGUGGAAGUUCUGGCCAUUGAUAACUCUGCAGUCCGUGCCAAGCAGAUCGAGAAAAUCAACAAGGUGAAAGCCAGCAGAGACCAAGCAGCAGCCCAGCGGUCCCUGGCUGCUCUCACACAAUGUGCUGCCACUGGGGAAGGCAACUUGCUUGCUCUGGCAGUGGAAGCAGCACGUGCCAGGUGCACUGUGGGGGAGAUAACAGAUGCCAUGAAGAAGGUGUUCGGGGAGCACAAAGCCAGCGACCGCAUGGUGAGCGGGGCUUAUCGCCAGGAGUUUGGGGAGAGUGAUGAAAUCCUCCAUGCCAUCAAGAGAGUUAACAAGUUCAUGGACCGUGAGGGCCGCAGGCCUCGUAUCCUCGUUGCCAAGAUGGGCCAGGAUGGCCACGACAGAGGGGCCAAAGUCAUCGCUACCGGCUUCGCAGACAUCGGCUUUGACGUGGACAUAGGCCCCCUGUUCCAGACCCCGCGGGAGGUGGCGCAGCAGGCCGUGGACGCAGACGUGCACUGUGUCGGGGUGAGCACGCUCGCCGCGGGACACAAAACCCUGGUGCCUGAACUCAUCAAGGAGCUCAAUGCCCUGGGCCGGCCCGACAUCCUGGUCAUGUGUGGAGGAGUCAUCCCCCCUCAGGAUUAUGACUUUCUGUAUGAAGCUGGCGUUGCCAAUGUGUUUGGUCCAGGCACUCGUAUUCCAAAAGCAGCUGUGCAGGUGUUGGAUGACAUUGAGAAGUGCCUGGAGAAGAGGCAGCAAUCCAUGUGAUGCUGAAAUGUCACAACUCAGCAGCCUUACACUGACCACAUGAUUGUCAGCAAGGGAUGGCCAACCACAAACCUCUGCUCCCACUGCCCCUGGCCUCAUGUUUUGUGCUUUCUAAGAAAGUUCUAAACUCUCUGCUUGUUCUAUUUGAGGAUUGUUUAUAUAGGUACCCACAAGAAAAUUUUAUCUCGAGAACUAUGAUUUCAGGAAGUGAAGGGAAUUGAAAUAAGUGUGUUUGGGUUUUUUUCUCCAGAUAUACUGAUAAAUAAAAUAACUGCUGCAGCUCUUUGGUUGGUCUCUUUUGCAUGCAGAGAACUUCUUUUGAAUUUUUUUGAUAGUUAUAGUAGACCUAGAACUCUUCUGGCAGUAUCACUCAUCAGCAGAGAUGGGAUUGAAUCCAGCAGCACUUUGAUUUGAGAAAUGGUGGCUUCUCAGGGAAGGGCAGUGAUGGGGACAGAGCACAGUGCACAGCUGCUCCUAUACAGGCUACUGCCAUAUACAGCAUUUGUAUCUUAUUAAGCCAUGAAAUUCAAAAAUUAUCUAACUAUAGUUUUAUAAAGAGAGUUAUGUUGUGACUGCCCCAUCCCUGGAAGUGUUCAAGGCCAGUUUGAGUUGGGCUUGGAGCAACCUGGGAUAGUGGAAGGGGUUUGGAACAAGAUGAUCUUUCAGGUCCCUUCCAACCCAAACCACUCUAUGAUGCUGUGUUUCUCUGAUUCUGUGAAGUUGUUCAUCAAACAGCUUGUGUUUUACAUUAAUGAGCACCAAAACUGUUAUGUGGGUGAAAGAAGAACCCAAGACAAAGUUUAAGUUGCACAGUAUUACUGGCAAAGUAAUGGGGUGGAAUCCAAGCCUUUGUAAUGUUAUCCUCAUGCUCUAACUUCUGGAAUAAUGACCUCUCUCAAAUUUGAUCUUUGUUCUUAAGUGAAUCACAUUUAAUUUUGCAGAUGGAGAAUUGACCAUUAACAGAAGUUUUCUAUAAAAAAAUCUGUAAAUUAUUCCUGUGCCUUAAUAGCCAGAGACUGCCUAGAAGCUUUUUCAAAAUAAGGCAUUGAAAUUAAACUUAUUUCAAUACAUAUCAGAGUUUUAGUUUGUUAUCCAACUUUAUACGUCAUCAUCUUUAUAUGAUGGCAUAAAAAGUGUCAUAUCUUAUGAUUCUUGAUAUGUCAUAAAUGGAGUAGGGAGCUCCAUUGAUCCUCAGUGGAAAGAAAGAAGCCAAAGGUGGCUGGCUCAGGUUGAGUGUCUGCAAUGUAAACCUCCUAAGAGUGGUGAGAAAACUCCUAAUAGGUGAGAGGUCUGAUCUGUUUGAGAUUUUAGAUUAAAUAUUUGUUUGUGUUGAGGUGGUUGCACUGGUGAUUGCAAACGUGAGGUUCCUAGACUCACUCCUGAACUCAGUGCUUGCAUCCUGAAAAGACAGCACAGUCCAGGGCUGGGUAGGAAAUAACCAUGGAAUUAUAAUUUGAACAUAAAUUACCUUCUCAGAACUUAAAAAAACAAACAAACAAACCUGGUGUUAUGGUUCUACUGAAACAGCAAACUCUGUUCUCAGUUGCAGUCAUGUCAGUGCUCUAGCCAGGGGGGAAUUUGGGAUCUCAGGAGCUCCCAUGGAAGCCAUGAGAGCCAGGACUGCAUCUGCAGGGUGACACUGCUAGGAAGGUCCCCUGGGGAAUGCCUUGUGUCAUCCUGUACAGAAAACAGCUGCAGAGAAAGGGUGGUAAAACACUGGAACAGGCUGCCCAGGGAAGUGAUAGAGUCACAAUCCCUGCAAGUGUCCCAAAAAUAUGUGGAUGUGGCACUGAAUGAUGUGGUUUAGUGGUGAACACGGUGGUGAUGGGUUGAUGUUUGGACAUGAUUUUAAAGGUAUUUUCCAACCUUAACUUUUCCAAUCCCAAAGUGUUCCAACAGCUUCUGUGGCAGAAGAGUUGUACCUCAGCCAGCAACAGCUGAAGGACACAGUUCCUGCUGAGAGCUUCCUUCCCUUCCCACUGUGCCAUUUGGGACAGAGAAGGCAUCCUUCACUGACUGCCACCUUCCCACCAAACCUCGUCCGACCAAGGCUGCUCAGCUCCGUGGAUUUGUGCUUGGAGGAGUUGGAACUGCACCUCUGAGAGAGCAAGGAACCAGAGAGCUCUAAUUUUGGGAGAAGCCACAUUCUCACCUUUUCCUGGCAGUGAACAUUUCUUGCUCCCCAUAUGGUUUUCAGUCUGAAUUGCUGAAAAAAUACACACUUAGCGAUGUUUAUUUGGUAACAGUGUGUGCAACCUUUGGUUUUCUCUCGUGGCUGUUUUACUGGUAGGGCCAACAGUUGGCAGAUAGAUUGCAUUAAAUAAAAUCAAAAGUAUAGGAAAACAACAAAAAUAAUAAAUCUCUUUUUACCUGAAAA